UCCCCGGAAGCACGAGAAGCUACAACCAAUCGGGGGGAUCGGAUAACCCAGAAUGCACUGCUAGAAGCCAAAUUGGAGGAGGCUGCACUGCGCUGCUGUCGGAUCAGUCCGUUGCAGUUUGGAGCUAGAUCCACGCGCUUUUCCUCCGGUGCGCCUUCCCCUUGCGCGCUUUCAGACAACAUGGUGCCAUCAUCAUCAUCAUGACGACCGCAAUUGUUUUCAUCAGCUUCAGACGCGCACUUUCACUUUAUUGUUCCUCGCGUCAUUUGAUCACCAGGAGAGUCUCUUUAAAUAACAUCUAAAGAGCUCCGGCGUCAAUUUUCACUGAGGAAAACUUAUUUUUAUCCAGUUUUUUUUUUUUGGACCACAUGUGAAGAUGGAUCUGUCCAAUUUUAUGCUAAGCACGAUGGCUCUGCUCCUGGUCGGAAAGGAUCUUCUCACCAGGGCCAUGCUGAGCGACAUUGGGGACUAUGUAGGUACAGACAUUGAAAUAUCCUGGUUACCUAAUCUGGAUGAGCUCAUGAAGGGCUAUGCCAGAAACUUUCGCCCUGGGAUAGGAGGUCCACCCGUGAACGUGGCCAUGGCGAUAGAAGUGGCCAGCAUUGAUCACAUCUCUGAAGCCAACAUGGAGUACACCAUGACUGUGUUCCUGAGGCAGAGCUGGCACGACGACCGCCUGUCCUACAACCACACCAACAAAACGCUGGGACUGGACAGCCGCUUCGUCGACAAGCUUUGGCUGCCCGACACCUUCAUUGUCAAUGCCAAAUCUGCUUGGUUCCACGAUGUUACCGUGGAGAACAAACUGAUACGCUUGCAGCCCAACGGCGUCAUUCUGUACAGCAGCCGAAUUACCUCAACAGUGGCCUGCGACAUGGACCUGACAAAGUAUCCCAUGGAUGAACAGGAGUGCAUGCUUGACCUGGAAAGCUACGGUUACUCCUCGGAGGACAUUGUCUACCACUGGUCAGAAAGUCAGAAGCACAUCCACGGCCUGGACAAACUGGAGCUCUCACAGUUCACAAUCACGGACUAUCGGUUUGUCACAGAGAUGAUGAAUUUCAAAUCUGCGGGAAGAUUUCCAAGGCUCAGCCUUCGCUUCCAGCUGAGACGUAAUCGCGGAGUGUACAUCAUCCAAUCGUACAUGCCUUCCAUUUUACUGGUUGCCAUGUCCUGGGUGUCCUUUUGGAUCAGCCAAUCAGCAGUUCCUGCCCGUGUAUCUUUAGGUAUCACAACUGUUCUCACCAUGACCACUCUAAUGGUGAGCGCCCGCUCCUCCCUUCCUCGCGCAUCAGCCAUCAAGGCGCUGGACGUCUACUUCUGGAUCUGCUACGUGUUUGUGUUCGCCGCCUUAAUCGAGUACGCCUUUGCUCAUUACAACGCUGACUACAGACUCAAAGAAAAAGCCAAGGUGAAGGCCAACAAGCUCGGCUCUGAGUCCAUCGUGAAGAACGGCAAACAGGCCAUGGUUCUGUUCUCCUUGUCCGUCACCGGAAUGAACCAAGGCGUUGUCAUAUCCAACCGCCACAACAGAGCACAGCGCUCUAGCAGCGAGAUCCCCGGGGAGGCCGUCUCCGAGGAGUCCGAGUCCAGGAGGAGAUCCGGACAGAUGCAAGAGAGCGAGGAGAAGAAGUGUUGCUCCAAGUGCGUCUGCAAACCCAUUGACGCCGAUACCAUUGACAUCUACGCCAGAGCCGUUUUCCCUUUCACCUUCGCUGUGGUCAACGUGAUCUACUGGGUGGCGUAUACCAUGUGAGAAGGGAAGAAAAAACACGGACGCUUAUGGCUGCCAUCCAAGAAGGACUGUGUAUAUAUGUCUUAGGCAGCUGUGGGGAAAACCAAAAUAACUUUAGAGGGAAUGACGCCUGUGGAAAUGGCAAAUUGUUGUGACCUUCAAAUUUAAACACAAACAUGGAAUGCAAGUAUGCAAAGGACGGCUUUAAUAAGUGCAUCAACCUGCUAGUGCAUCUUCAGUAGUGACCCUGCACACACAAAUACAGUUUAUCUUGCCAACGGUUGAUAGCUUAGCUCUGCAAGCCACAGUUUGGAAUCGAACGAGUACAACAAGAUGAAGUGUUCCUACUACUUUGCAUGGCUGAUAACUCAUUUUUCUCCCUACUGUGGCCACCACUUGUUUCCUUCCUUCUGAUUUUUCAUUUAGACUGGAGUAUGUUUACUCCUUCUUCCUAUUCUGACAGUUUCCUCGCCAUUAAAGAACUUCGUCCAUGA